AUGGACAUGUUGGAAUUGCUCGAAACGGGCCCCGGUUACGAUCCAUCACGGUUCAUUGGUGAAGUAAAAGACGAUUUGUUAUGCUGUGUUUGCCAUGGCGUUCUAAACAAUCCACGUUUAUGCGAAAAUGGAAGUCACUCAUUUUGUUCUUAUUGUAUAUCAAAUUGGCUUGAAAUCAAUGCAACAUGCCCAGAGUGUCGGGAUCCCCUUACUCUAGCGACUUUGAAAUAUCCCCAAAGGUUUAUGAAGAACUAUUUGUCAGCACUGAUAAUCAAGUGUGACUACGUCGAUCGUGGGUGUUCUGAACAAGUUAAACUUGAAAAUUUACAUAAACACAAGAAUGGCUGCGAAUACGGGCCUGAGCAGUGUGAGUUUUGUAAAUCGCAAUUUAAUAGAAGAGACAUGGCCGAACACCAGAAUUUUUGUAUGGAGAUGACGGAAAUUAAAAGAAGACAUGAUAAUUUAUAUCAUAAAGUAAAGAAGAUGAAGAAACAAUUUAAUGAUAUGAAACAAACCCAAUCUGAGAUGAAAGUCAAAAUAAAUGAAAUGGACGAAAAAAUAAAUGAAAUGGACGACAAUGAAUAUAAUAUGGAGGUAAUUCAAAAUUCGCACUCGUCGGGGGAUGAAGAGCAAGAAGGCUAA